AUGUACCCAAGCCACAAGGACAUCCUGCGGAAGAUGCUGCGCUGGGAUCCUACGAGCCGUCUCUCCGUGGAGGAGGCCAUCAUGCACCCGUACCUCGAUAAGCUUCACUGCCCUGAGGAUGAGCCCACCCGUGAGCCGCUGGACACCACGGACUUCGAGUUCGAGCGGAGGAAGAUCAAUAUCCCUGCCCUGCGGGAGGAGAUCUUCAGGGAAGCUCUUGAACAUUUUCCGGACAUCAAAGACCGGUAUGACCAGGCGCGGCGCUUUUGUGCGAGACUUGCGUUGCCAUGGAGAGAAGUGAGCGGCCUAGACAUCACCGAAGGUGAUGCUUACCAAGAAUGGUUUCCGAAGUUGCUGAUGUGGAAGACGGUCAAUAUCAAAGCCAAGGCUGGAAAGCCCUUCCCACGGCCGAGCGGUUCGGGGAUCCCACCUCCCGGAGAUGCCCAGGAGCAGCUUCAGCUUCUCUGGAGCCUUUGGCAGGCGCAAGGCGCGUUGCGGCAGGAGGAAGAACUCCUACAGCAGGCGGCCGCGGUGCAAGAGGAGCUGGCGAAGCAAUGCCAUUGCUUGCGCUUGGAGCUCCACAAGGCGGAGGCGGAGCUCGAGAGCUCCGCUUCCAGGUCAGACAACGUGGUCGAGGAGGAGCUGCAGCGUGCAGAGCGCGAGCACGAGGAGUUGCAGCAAGCCCUGCACCAGGCUGAGAGACAGCUGCAUGCGCAGGACCAAGAAGACGCAGCGGUGUCGGAGAAGGCGGAGCUCAAGCGUUUGCGUUUGCUGCGGCAGACCCGAGCGCAGGCGCAGACGGAGCGCCGUGAGGAGCUUCGGGAGCAGCUCCUGCGAGAAGAGGCGCGUGGUCGCGAUGAGCGCUGGGCCUUGCGGGAAGAGCUCACCGAGGCCUGCGUCGCCACGGAGCUUCUGAGCUCCGAGGUGUCUGCGGAGCGCAAGGCCCGGGACGCCACUCUGCAGCGCCUGCGGGAAGAGGAGAUGUACCUGGUGGGCCAGGUCAGCGAGGCUGAGGAGGCAGACCACGCCUCCAGGAGUUCCAUCUGGUCUGUGCAUAGUGAGUCUGCCUGGUCAGAGGUGGCUCUCUCCAGACCGCUGGAGCCUUUCGACAUCAGCACCCCACGGGAGGUGUCUGGCUCGGAUUCCCCGGCAGCUCUGUCGGACACCACGGCAGGCGCCUCGUCUUUGCUGCAAGAGCUGCGUGGCAGCCGGCGGGGGCGGACCCGAGCCUCCCUGGCCGGCUACCAAAGGUCACCCGACGGUUGGGCAGCAAAGCCGAUGAGCCAGCGCUUGAGGAAGUCGCGCAUGUCCGUGUCCGUAGCUUCUUUCCGACCCCUGGAGAAGGCCAAGAGCGAAGGCAGCGAUCGAAGCGAUGCGGCCACCAGGCGCCUGCGCUCCUCCGUGGCCAACUUCCGGCCCCUGCGGGCUGACCCAACAUCAGGCUUGCGGCUCAGCGUCAUCGGCGAGGAGGCAACAGAGGUCGUGACGUCGUUAGGCUUGUCCCCGGCCAAGCCUUUGGCAUCCCUGGGCGAGGCACUGAGGAAGGACUUGCCAGACACCAGCUCCAGCGAGGAUGGCUCAGAGGCAGCCGAUCGGAGGGAGCUCUUCGACCGCUGCCGGGGGGUGCUGGAAUGGACGCUGAGCGAGGAGGUGGACAGCCCUCGCUGGGCUGGUCCUUGCCUCUUCUUGGUGGAGCGGCUGACCAAUGGCCGGCGAGUCUUUCGACUGUCCAAGCUGUUCAGUGAAAGUGGCGCUGAGGAGCUGGACAUUCCUUUGCUGGCCAUCUCUGCAGUACGUGAGCACAAGCAGGACCCUCUUGGGAUGAUCUUCCUGGUCCGCUACAAGGCCAUGGGCGAGCGCGUGCAAGUCCUGUUCAGGGCUGCAACUCGGGAGGGCCGCAGCACCUGGGUCGCCAACCUCUGCGAGGCCAUCCACACUGCGCGGGGCGAGGCACCUCGGAGGUGCCGGGGGCCCAAGAGUGGUCCCUCAGUUUUGGACGCCUUCGUUUCUAAGGUGCGGCUGGACCCUGGAGAGAACGCCUCGAUUUCCGGGCGCUUCCGAUGCUCGCAAACCCAAAAGUUGGUGUGGCUCUUGGGCCUUGUCUUGACCCUGCUCUACUUUGCGUCGCUGGCCUUUUUCGUGUUUUGGUCCCUGGGGCUUGUCUUGACGGAGCCGCCGGACGUUCCGGAGCUGCGGCCCGUGGAAAACGUGCUUCCAGACCUGCUGUGGUGCCGGGACUACUUCAUCUACUACGGCGGCACCACAUGCUAUGCCCGCAUGACCAUCAUCCGCUUGUCGGACGGCAGCUUCUGCGUGCACUCGCCCUCGCCCUUCGACGAGGUGUGCGAGCAGUUUUUCGGCAACAGAUUGUCCUACCUGUUGGCGCCCGGGGAUAUGCACCACUUCCACAUCGUCGACUGGGCUCGGCGCUUCCCACAUGCCGUCAAGCUCAUUUGCCCGGGCGUCGAGCAGAAGCAGCCGCACGACGGGUUCAUCCACGACUACCUGGCGAAACACGUGGGCUCCGACGCAUUCACCUCGGAGUUCGAGGCGGUGGCCUCUGAGGGCUUUGGGCUGAUCCGAGAGGUGGUGAUGUAUCUUUGGUAUCACAAGCCCUCGCGGCAUCUGCUGCUGGUGCCUCGUUCCCUUGUUUUGGUGCCUUGCCUCUUGGUGCGCAGUUUCAUUUUGAAGACCAAGUUCCUCUUGGACAAGGUGGAUUUGGUGGAGUACAUCGGAGACGGGUAUGCGCCCGUGGUGGGCUACAACCGGUGCCUCCGAGUCUUCUGGUGGUGCUUCGGCAUGUGGAAUCGGCCCAAGCCCGCGCCAGAGUACCAGUUCAGCGUGCAAGACCAGGACAAGGUGCGGCAGUUCCUUGGCACCAUCCUAACGCGCUGGGAGAUUCGGGGCAUUAUCUUGGCGCAUGGGACCAACGUCUUGCAGGUCGGCGAUCACGAGUCAAAGGACUGGUAA